AAUAAACGGCCGCGACGCCUUUCGCGAGCUCGAGAGAGGGGCAGGGCGACAGCGUGGUCACGUGGCCUGGAGAGAGGGACAAUAUGGAGGUGAAGGGGUUUAUGGUGAAGGAGGAGGUGGAAGAGGAAGCAAUCACGACGGUGGUCGCGGUGGCGGAUGCGGAGGCUCAGCUGAGGGCACAAGCGAGCGGGCAGGAGGAGGAGCGGGUUCGCCGGCGGCGGGUCCCCUCCGAGGACAAGGUCUUCAUCUGCUCCUUCCCGGACUGCGUGGCCACGUUCAACAGGCCCUUCAAGCUCAAGGCGCACUUGCUCCGGCAUAUGGGCCAGGAGCAGGAGCGCCCUUUUAUUUGUACAUACGAAGGCUGUGGCAAAGGCUUCACGAGAGAUGCUCACCUUAAGCGCCAUUACCUUAUACACACAGGAGAAAAACCUUAUGAAUGCACGGUGCCUGGUUGCAAUGAAAAGUUCAUCACAAAAGCAAACUUGAACAAGCAUGUUAUUCGCAGGCAUCUACAAAGGAAAUAUGUAUGUGAAUUUGAAAAUUGUGGGAAGGCUUUCAAAAAGCACCAGCAGUUGAAAGUCCAUGAGUCCCAACACACUGGGGAGCCAAUCUUCAAAUGUACCCAUGAAGAUUGUGGAAAACAUUUUGCGACACCUGCUCAUCUGAAACGUCAUGGGAAAACUCACGAGGGUUAUCCAUGCAGAAAGGGGGACUGUCCAUAUGUUGGGAAAACCUGGUCGGAGCUUCUGAAACACAUGAGAUACAGUCAUACGGAACCAGUGAUUUGCAAGAUAUGUUCCAAAGAAUUCACCCGCAAAGAUUACCUCAGAAGUCACCAGAAAAUUCAUGCUGCCAACAGAGAAGUUCUAAAAUGUCCAAGGGAGAACUGUGAACGAACUUACACAACAGUGUUCAAUCUCAAGAGCCAUAUUCUUUCAUUUCAUGAAGCCAGAAGACCAUUCAGAUGUGACCAUCCUGGCUGUGGAAGAGACUUUGCAAUGAAACAAAGCCUCAUAAGGCACACAGUGAUACAUGAUCCUGAAAAGAGAAACGCCAAGUCAGUUCCAACCUUGGAGGUACUGAAGACUGAGGAAGAUUACUUCUGCUAAACUCUGCUGAAGGAGAUUGUUUCCUAGCAAAUCCAGUCUUCAUAUUUUUUUUCCAAAAGGGCUUACACCCUGGGAUAUACUACCUUUCUCACAUUUUGGGGUUGAUGGGCCCAGUCUCAAUCUCUAAGUGCUUUCUCUGAGACCACAUAGCUGUUGUUUUACCAAACCUACCAAUGGUGCUGCUUUGCUGCUUAAAGAAUAGAAAAUUAGGCAACAAUGGCCACGGAAAAGUCCUGGCCGUGGAGUAAGCUGAUACAUCUCACUGCAAUGAGGGUAUUUAAUGCUAUGAAAAAAUAGAGACCUGUGGAAACAAGCAGAUCCCCAGAAACAGUUCUAUAUGAACAAUAUCAAGGCAACAGCUUACAUAUGCCUGGCAGUUGAUGCAAAGAUAAAUUUGCACAUUCAAGAUUUGAAAAACAAAUGUGAGAAAAACUACAGGAAUAACUUGAUCCUUCAAGUAGAUUAAUUAGGCUGUCCUUAUCAUAAGGCCUCUGGAUACAAAAUUGUCCAGCCUUCGAUUUUUGGAUGAGAACUUUAAUGAAUUUAUACCCUGACUGGACUUCUGAUUUCUAGAAAAUUCAUGCCAGAAUCUGUGAAACUUAGACUUUCUAUGGAUAGCCUUCCAAAAUAUUACACUCCAAUAAUGGCUGCUUUUCAAAUUAAGGAAGGUAUGACUUUGCAAAAGGCUAUUUCUGAAAUUGGAGAAUACCAAAAUAGACAAAACUGCAUAGAAAGCAUCCAUAAAAUAAAAGUUACAGGAGAGAAAUUAGCCCAUCUGUUGGAAAAGGAUUCACAUAUUAAAGCAUCUUCUUCCUCCAGAAAAAAGGUGUGAACAAAAAUUAAAUACUCAAAGGUCAUGAGUCAGCAUUAAAUGCCACAUUCUAAGCACUUUACAUGGAACAGCCUCCUGGAUUUCAAUUUCCUAGGAAAAAGGCAUCUUGUAUGCAAACUGAAAAAGAGCAUUUAUAGUUUAUAACAGGCUGCCAGAGCAUGGACUAAGAAACUAAUCACUUUCUCCUCAAGAAGGGGUUCAUUCUAGGCACUUGAGUAUUGACAGAUGUAUAUACAAAAGGUUAAAAAAAUGAAAAUGGACUUAUAUCAUGUCUUGUGUUGAUGAUUGGAUCAUGUGCAGUCAAGACAAAGCAGACAGUAAGGAGAAAAUCCAAAAUCUCAAAGAGAAACAUUAAAAAUUUGGAAGACAUCACACACUAUGCAGAACUAUUAACUGUCUUAGCGUAAGGAAUCUCAUUACAAUGAAAAGAGUUGGCUGAUAUUUGUAAGGAACUACAGAUCACAAUCUGUUGCUAUGGCCAGCCACAGUUGAUCGCUGCAAACUUGGCAGACAGAAAAUCAACAGAAACCCGACCUUUUAUGGAGAAUCCAUAAAUUGGGCAACAAUAUACAAGUGCAUAUUCUUCCACUGGUGCUAAGUAUAUAUCAGCAAAAGGAGUGAUGAAAUACAGUGUAUGCAUAACUUCUGUACUUCAUAGUAACAGAAUCCAAGCCAAUCAUUUUAAUGCAAUAUUUCUGAGAGUAAAAAAUAAAACACCCAGGAAGAUGAUUAAUACGUUUUCACAAGGUGCAAGAGAAACUUCAAAGUGGACUUGUGCAGUUAAGGUGCUGCAUCACUGAAAUUAUGAUUGCUGAUAUCCUUCCUGUGCUUCUCCCAAAUGAGUGUUUCCAUACAUUACAAGAAGGGAUGCAAGUUGCUGAUGUGGGUACAAGAGAAUUAGAAAUGGAAUUGUUGUAAAGUCAAGCAUUUUCUCACUUCCUUUCAUUGCUGUUAGAGCAACUGGGGAUUUUAGAUAGUAUAGGGUCCCCCCUGCAUGCCUAUACUCCUUUUGAGUUCUGUAGGUCAAGUUCCCCCAUUUGCUCACCUAUCUGUAACAGUGCAUGGUCAUAUACUUUAUGUAUGUAAGUAACCAGACCAUGUGAGAAACCUAUAGGAUUGGUCAUAUAAAAACUCCCCUUCUCAUUCACAAUUUCCUCUUUGUUCUUCUCUUCCUCCUUUGUCCUCAGCUUUAAGAUGAGUUAAAAUUUUAAGCUCUCUGUGGUGCUCUUUCACCCAAUCUUUUCAUUAGUUAGUUAGGAUGUAGGGAAUUCAAAUGUAUGUACAUUAUCAAAGCAAUUAGUAAAAUUCUUUGGUUUGUAACUUUA